GCUCCACAGCGUAGAUCGGAAAAAGGGAAGGGAGCAGUCGGUAGCCAUUUUAGUUAGGACCAAAACACAAAUUAUAAGGCUACAAAGGCAACCGACAGCAGAGGUCCCUGGGAUAUCGCCUUCGGAGACUUUCCGGUCACCGUUGGCGGCCUGACCAGAGUCGUGGUGACAAUUUAAAGGCUGUUCCUGCUCACAAAGCGGCGUGCCGAGGAAGGACGCGUCUCUUUGAAUAGACAGGAUGCACGGACCGCCCUCCGGCGACAGCGCAUGCCCAUUGCGCACGAUCAAGAGAGUACAAUUCGGCAUCAUCAGCCCAGAUGAACUUAAACGGAUGUCCGUUACAGAAGGGGGAAUUAAAUACCCUGAAACAACAGAAGGAGGACGUCCUAAACUUGGUGGCCUUAUGGACCCAAGACAAGGGGUCAUAGAACGAACUGGGAGAUGUCAGACAUGUGCAGGAAACAUGACAGAAUGUCCAGGCCACUUUGGACACAUAGAACUGGCGAAGCCGGUAUUCCACGUCGGCUUCAUAACAAAGAUAAUGAAGGUUCUUCGAUGUGUCUGCUUCUUCUGCUCCAAGCUACUUGUGGAUUCUAACAACCCAAAGAUCAAAGAUAUCCUGGUGAAAUCUAAAGGGCAGCCAAGAAAGCGUCUGACACAUGUGUAUGAGUUGUGCAAAGGAAAAAACAUCUGUGAAGGAGGAGAGGAGAUGGACAACAAAUUUGGAAUGGAGCAGCAGGAAACAGAAGAGGACAUUUCUAAGGAAAAGGGCCACGGUGGCUGUGGGCGCUACCAGCCGAGCAUCAGGCGCUCUGGUUUGGAGCUGUACGCUGAGUGGAAACACGUUAAUGAGGAUUCACAGGAAAAGAAAAUCCUACUGAGUCCUGAACGUGUUCAUGAGAUUUUCAAGCGCAUCUCUGAUGAAGAGGACAUAAUCCUGGGCAUGGACCCCAAGUACUCAAGACCAGAGUGGAUGAUUGUGACUGUGUUGCCUGUUCCUCCUCUGGCUGUCAGGCCUGCUGUAGUUAUGCAGGGAUCUGCUCGCAACCAGGAUGACUUGACCCACAAACUUGCUGAUAUUGUCAAAAUCAACAACCAGCUGAGAAGAAAUGAGCAGAGUGGUGCUGCAGCUCAUGUCAUAGCAGAAGAUGUCAAAUUACUUCAGUUUCAUGUGGCCACCAUGGUGGACAAUGAAUUGCCAGGUCUUCCUAGGGCAAUGCAAAAGUCUGGCCGCCCUCUCAAAUCCAUAAAACAGCGCCUAAAGGGAAAAGAAGGUCGGGUCCGAGGUAACCUGAUGGGAAAGCGUGUGGACUUCUCAGCCCGAACUGUAAUCACCCCAGAUCCCAAUCUGCAAAUUGACCAAGUGGGCGUACCACGAUCCAUCGCAGCCAACAUGACCUUCCCAGAAAUCGUCACACCCUUCAACAUUGACAGACUACAGGAGCUUGUGAGGAGAGGCAACAGCCAGUACCCAGGAGCUAAAUACAUCAUCCGUGACAAUGGAGACAGAAUUGACCUGCGAUUCCACCCAAAACCAAGUGACCUUCAUCUGCAGAUUGGCUAUAAGGUGGAAAGACACAUGUGUGAUGGAGACAUCGUCAUCUUCAACAGACAGCCUACACUACAUAAAAUGUCCAUGAUGGGGCACAGAGUACGGAUUCUGCCAUGGUCCACAUUUCGACUCAACCUCAGUGUCACCACCCCAUACAACGCUGAUUUUGAUGGGGAUGAGAUGAACCUCCACUUGCCUCAGUCCCUGGAGACGAGGGCAGAGAUCCAGGAGCUGGCCAUGGUGCCACGUAUGAUCGUCACCCCUCAGUCCAACAGGCCCGUCAUGGGUAUCGUGCAGGACACGCUCACAGCUGUCCGUAAAUUUACCAAAAGAGACGUCUUCUUAGAGAGGGGUGAAGUGAUGAACCUUCUCAUGUUCCUCUCCACCUGGGAUGGGAAAGUGCCUCAGCCGGCCAUCCUGAAGCCACGUCCUUUGUGGACAGGGAAGCAGGUCUUCAGUCUAAUCAUUCCUGGUCACAUUAACGUGAUCCGCACACACAGCACACACCCUGAUGAUGAAGACAGCGGCCCCUACAAACACAUCUCACCUGGAGACACAAAGGUCAUAGUGGAGAACGGUGAGUUGAUCAUGGGCAUCCUUUGCAAGAAAUCUCUGGGAACAUCAGCUGGCUCCCUCGUCCACAUCUCCUACCUGGAGAUGGGCCAUGACAUCACCAGACUCUUCUACUCUAACAUUCAGACAGUGGUCAACAACUGGCUGCUUAUUGAGGGUCAUUCCAUUGGUAUUGGUGACUCCAUUGCUGAUGCCAAGACUUAUCUUGACAUCCAGAACACCAUCAAGAAAGCCAAACAGGAUGUGAUAGAAGUCAUUGAGAAAGCCCACAACAACGAGCUGGAGCCGACCCCUGGUAACACCCUAAGGCAGACCUUUGAGAAUCAGGUGAAUCGUAUCCUCAACGACGCUCGAGACAAAACGGGUUCUUCAGCACAGAAGUCUCUUUCUGAGUACAACAACUUCAAGUCCAUGGUGGUGGCUGGUUCCAAGGGUUCAAAGAUUAACAUCUCACAGGUUAUUGCCGUGGUGGGGCAGCAGAAUGUGGAGGGUAAACGAAUCCCCUUCGGCUUCAAACACCGCACUCUACCCCACUUCAUUAAAGAUGACUACGGCCCUGAGAGCAGAGGCUUCGUGGAAAACUCCUACUUGGCCGGUUUGACACCAACAGAGUUUUUCUUCCACGCCAUGGGAGGCAGAGAGGGUCUGAUCGACACAGCUGUCAAGACUGCUGAGACUGGUUACAUCCAGCGUCGUUUGAUCAAAUCCAUGGAGUCGGUGAUGGUGAAGUAUGACGCCACAGUGCGUAACUCCAUCAAUCAGGUGGUUCAGCUGCGUUAUGGAGAGGAUGGCCUGGCAGGAGAGAAUGUCGAGUUCCAAAACUUGGCAACACUCAAACCCUCAAAUAAGGCUUUUGAAAAGAAGUUUAAGUUUGACUGCACCAAUGAGCGAGCACUGAGGCGGGUGCUCCAGGAAGACGUUGUUAAAGAUGUCAUGACCAACGCCCAUGUGCAGAGUGCUUUAGAGAGGGAGUUUGAGAAGAUGAAGGAGGACAGGGAAGUCCUCAGAGCCAUCUUCCCCACUGGGGACAGUAAGGUGGUGCUUCCCUGCAAUCUGGCUAGAAUGAUUUGGAACGCCCAGAAGAUCUUCCGUAUCAACACACGAACUCCGACAGAUCUAAAUCCACUAAGGGUGAUUGACGGAACUCAUGAGCUCAGUAAGAAGCUUGUGAUUGUGAAUGGUGACGACCCGCUCAGUAGACAGGCCCAGCAAAAUGCCACUUUGCUCUUCAACAUCCACCUGCGCUCCACGCUCUGCUCAAAACGCAUGACCGAGGAGUUUCGCCUUUCCACUGAGGCUUUUGACUGGCUGCUGGGAGAGAUCGAGACCAAGUUCAACCAAUCCAUUGCUCACCCGGGUGAAAUGGUCGGCGCUCUGGCUGCUCAGUCACUGGGAGAACCGGCUACCCAGAUGACCCUGAACACUUUCCACUAUGCUGGUGUGUCCGCCAAGAACGUAACCCUGGGUGUGCCUCGUCUGAAGGAGUUGAUUAACAUCUCCAAGAGGCCAAAGACUCCCUCGCUGACUGUGUUUCUGCUGGGUCAGGCUGCACGUGAUGCAGAAAGAGCCAAGGACAUACUCUGUCGACUAGAGCACACCACGCUGAGAAAGGUCACAGCCAACACAGCUAUCUACUAUGACCCAAAUCCUCAAAACACAGUGGUGGCUGAGGACCAGGAGUGGGUGAAUGUCUACUAUGAGAUGCCGGACUUCGAUGUGACACGUAUUUCCCCAUGGCUGCUGCGCAUUGAGCUGGACCGUAAACACAUGACUGAUCGCAAGCUGACUAUGGAGCAGAUUGCAGAGAAGAUCAAUUUAGGUUUUGGAGAUGACCUGAACUGUAUUUUCAAUGACGACAAUGCUGAGAAACUUGUCCUGCGAAUUAGAAUCAUGAACAGUGAUGAGAACAAGUUCCAAGAGGAUGAGGAGGUUGUGGACAAAAUGGAUGACGAUGUGUUCUUGAGGUGCAUCGAAUCCAACAUGCUAACAGACAUGACCCUGCAAGGCAUUGAGCAGAUCAGCAAGGUGUACAUGCACCUGCCCCAAACAGACAACAAGAAGAAGAUAAUCAUCACUGAGGAUGGUGAGUUCAAGGCCCUGCAGGAGUGGAUCCUGGAGACAGAUGGAGUGAGCCUCAUGAGGGUCCUCAGCGAGAAGGACGUAGACCCCGUCAGGACCACCUCCAACGACAUCGUGGAGAUCUUCACGGUGCUGGGUAUCGAAGCAGUGCGAAAGGCUCUAGAGAGGGAGUUGUACCACGUCAUCUCUUUUGACGGCUCCUACGUCAACUACCGUCACUUGGCUCUGCUUUGUGACACCAUGACUUGCCGUGGUCACCUUAUGGCCAUCACACGUCACGGCAUCAACCGUCAAGACACAGGACCACUCAUGAAGUGUUCCUUUGAGGAGACGGUGGAUGUGUUGAUGGAAGCGUCAUCUCACGGGGAGAGUGACCCCAUGAAGGGUGUAUCUGAGAACAUCAUGCUUGGCCAGCUUGCCCCUGCUGGUACAGGUUGCUUUGACCUGUUGUUGGAUGCUGAGAAGUGUAAAUAUGGCAUGGAGAUUCCUACCAACAUACCUGGCAUCAGUGUGGCAGGACCAACUGGAAUGUUCUUUGGCACCGUUCCGAGUCCCAUGAGCGGUAUGUCUCCUGCCAUGACCCCCUGGAACACCGGCGCAACACCAGCCUAUGGUGCCUGGUCCCCCAGUGUUGGAAGCGGCAUGACUCCUGGAGCAGCAGGUUUCUCUCCCAGUGCAGCUUCAGAUGCAAGUGGUUUCUCUCCAGGCUACUCCCCAGCCUGGUCCCCCACUCCUGGGUCUCCAGGAUCUCCGGGACCUGCAAGCCCAUACAUCCCAUCUCCAGGUGGAGCAAUGUCCCCAAACUACUCCCCCACCUCCCCAGCCUACGAGCCUCGCUCUCCUGGAGGGUACACCCCACAGAGCCCUGGCUACUCCCCAACGUCUCCCUCCUACUCCCCCACUUCUCCCUCUUACUCCCCCACCAGCCCCAACUACAGCCCAACAUCUCCUUCAUACUCACCCACCUCACCGAGUUACUCCCCAACCUCGCCAUCCUAUUCACCAACCUCUCCCUCUUAUUCUCCGACAUCUCCCUCCUACUCCCCAACAUCUCCUUCUUACUCACCCACAUCUCCAUCCUACUCCCCCACAUCACCAAGCUACAGCCCAACAUCGCCAAGCUACAGCCCCACGUCACCCAGUUACUCCCCUACUUCACCUUCUUAUUCACCCACAUCCCCCUCGUACUCUCCAACAUCUCCAUCGUACUCCCCCACAUCUCCAUCCUACUCCCCUACUUCUCCCUCUUACUCACCGACCAGCCCAAGCUACAGCCCCACAUCGCCCAACUACACCCCUACUUCACCAAGUUACUCCCCCACCUCUCCCUCCUAUUCCCCAACAUCGCCCUCUUACUCCCCAACCUCUCCCAACUACACCCCUACCAGCCCCAACUACUCACCCACUUCUCCCUCUUACUCCCCCACCUCUCCUUCCUACUCACCCUCCAGUCCACGGUACACCCCGCAGUCACCCACCUACACACCCAGCUCCCCUUCAUACAGCCCCAGCUCCCCUUCGUACUCGCCCACCUCCCCGAAAUACACCCCGACUUCACCCUCAUACAGCCCCAGCUCCCCAGAGUACACUCCCACCUCUCCCAAAUACUCCCCCACCUCGCCAAAGUACUCCCCAACAUCACCCAAGUACUCGCCGACUUCUCCCACAUACUCCCCAACGACUCCAAAAUACAGCCCCACCUCUCCAACCUACUCCCCUACCUCCCCCACUUACACCCCCACCAGCCCCAAAUAUUCCCCAACUUCACCUACUUACUCUCCAACUUCACCCAAGUACUCGCCCACAUCUCCUACAUACUCGCCAACUAGUCCUAAAGGCUCAACGUACAGCCCAACUUCACCUGGAUACAGCCCCACCUCCCCUACCUACAGCCCAGCUAUCAGCCCUGACGACAGCGAUGAGGAGAACAACUAAAGAGCCACAGAGGAGAAGCAGAGGUGGCUGAAGAAACCACGUCACCUUAUCUGAAGGACAGAGACUCUUAACCAGCUGGAGGUGGCGACGCUUCUACACAAGGCCACAAGGUCCCUUUCACUGACUAUCUCCUGUGCGACCUCUGUUUGCUCUGAUCUUCACCAUCUGAGCCCUCCAUCAUCUUUACAAAAAAUGUUGUUGAAGCUAUUAUGUGAAAGAUAUUGAACUGCUUCACCUGAAGGAAAAAAGGCUGCCUUUUGAAAUAGUGUUUUUUUAUUUUCACAUGGGGUGUUGGAGCAAAAACUGCAAGUCCCAUGAGGAGAAUUAAAAGGAGAGAAAGAUGUUGUGAACACCUAAGGGGGAAGAAAUGUCCCUUUUUAACUUUAUAGUGUACUGCAUCCAGUCUCUCUCUUUCUUUAAAUGUUGGGUGUAUAGUCGUGGACAGCAUACAUAUUGCCAAAAGCCUUUUGAGAAGUGGAUUGUAUUCAUCACUAACGUCUAAAGAAAAUCAAGGAGUUAAGGUUUAGACUUUGUUUACUGCGUAUUUCACCAAGGUGUAUCUUGUUAGACCUUUUGCUGCUUUUGUACAAACUACAGUUGCUGCCAGUUUCAGGGGCACUUGGAUCAAAGAUGGAGGAGUAGGAUUGUCUUACUAAGAAUGUUGGAAUAACAGCAGUACGUAUGAGGGAGGAACUGGCGUGCACGAAGGAAAUGUCACUCUUGAACAUGAUUGAAUUCAUAGAUUUAUGUAUCCAUUGCCCUUCCCUGUUCAUCCUUCACACCCCAAAGACAAAAAAAACCCUGAAAGAUGUCAUGAAAACACCCACCAGCAUCCUCUUAUACUCUACCAUUUUUGGAUACUUGUGCAUAAAAACAACACUUUUCCAAAUAGAAUUAUUCCCUUUACAAUGGGAAUUAAAAGAUUUAUAUGAAAAAGUAAUAAUCAGAAGGAUUAUUCUCUUUAAUUUUGAUUCUAGGAGGAAAUGGGGCACAUAUGGACGAGGGAUUCUAGUAUGGUGUUGCUGCUUCUGGCAUUGUUUGCAUGAGUAGCACAAUACAUUUUAUCAAGCUUUAGGUUUGCAUUAUUUUUGAAAUCCCUCCCAUUUGUUGCGAAUCUUCCUCCCGUUUCUGAUAGCUGAUGUAUACCCAGGUUUAUUUGGGCUAUUUAAGAAAAAGUUAAUUGCUAUUCUGUGUGAAUAUGAAUAGAGGAAAAUUAAGAUUUUUUUUUUGCUUUUCUCUGGUUUGCUUCUGGUGACUUUGUGAAGCUGUUUGCAGGAUGCUCAUGUUCAUAAUCUGUGGAUGAAGGGGCAGAGGAUGAAGGGGAGUACACUGAUUUUUCACCCUCAUUCUGCCCCCAGUAGUCCCAAAUUAUUUCAAAGCCAGCAUCUGCGCUAUUAUAUUUGCAGUUUACACAUUGUUGCAUGCUGCCACCACAGUGUGGCACUGUGUUAGUCAAGGUUGGGAGGGCAAAACAAUGAGUCCUCAGUUCAGUCAGUUCACAGUUUGUUGCGGUGCGUUCUUCCUCAUUCGCCUUUCUCUUCUCAGCAGCUUGGAACAUUUUCUUUUAAAUAGAGAUUGUCCAAAGAACUGGCACUUUGGGCCUCUCUAUAAAGAAACUUACCCACUACAUUAGUGUGACCUUUUCAAAUAUGGGUGCUUUCACAUGACUUGAUAGUGUGAAUCUACAAGGGAACUGUUGGCACUCCUGACACCAAUGAAAAAUUUCCAGCCCCUCAUUUCUGAGCUCGAUGCUGUUUCUGAAUUUGAAGUUGGGUCCCCUACCUCCUCCCUCUUCAUCCACAAGUGAUCCUCAUUUCAAUCAGUGUUUGUUUUCCUUUUCUACCAGUGUUUCUGUCUUUGAUGAGGGGGAAUCAUGGGAAGAGGGGGAUGUAUUUGGAAGUCCUGAGGAGAUAAAAAUUGUAUCCAACCUGGUCUGGAUUUGAAAGGACCUAAUCUUCUAGCCUUUGAGGUAACACAGGUUUCGAUAAUUGCACUUAGUAAAUAUUGUGGUGGACAUAAGCCCCAGACAUUAAGAUAUUUUGUCCACCCUGCUUGCAUUGAAUCCUGUUGUCUAAAAUCUGUGCUGUCCAGUCGACUCAGACAACUCUGGGAUUUCCGGGUUGUUUGCCUGUGCAGAAAAUGUACGUCUGAGGGCAAGACAGGGUUUCAAACUGAGGAAAGACUUCACGUGUCUGGGCAAAGGAAGGUUCAACUUGAAAUUGCCACUGUAUAGAAACUGAUUCAUUAUCUCAUUCUCUGUAUCUUUGUUCUGUUUGUUUUUUGACUUGGGGAAAAAAUUAAUAAAAGUUUUACUACA